UACAGAUGGAGAGAGAAUCAUUCAGAGAGAAGAUGAAGAUGAAGAUAAGCUGUGUGUGUUUGGUGCUGGUCCUGCUGAUGACCGUCUCCUCAGAUGCUACCAAUGGUGCCAAUGGUCAUCCUGAUAACUGCUGUUUCAGCUUCGUCACUUUUAAAAUUCCAGACAAAGAAAUACUAGAAGUUGAAAGAUCACAUCCCGACUGCCCAAAGAAGGGGUUUGUGUUUACAACGCCGAGGGGCAGAUUCUGCAAAAAGGACCUGCAGUAAAUCUAGAUUUCAGAGCUGCAGCUUCAACACAGCCCAGACGCAGACGCAGCAAACAGAGCAGCUAAAAGCUUUACACACCUCUUUAAUCAUCACAUGAUUUAUUAAUCAGAGCUUUGCUUUUUCAAUAUUAUCAGUGAUUGUUUAACUCUGUGGAAAUAAAACAA